AUGGCUCUCGACAUCGAAGCCGCUAAAAAGGCCGCCGCACAAGAAGCUGUGCGCAACCAUUUCCCCGAGAACCCGCGGUUCGUAGGGAUCGGAUCGGGCACGACGAUCGUGUACGUGGUCGACGCGAUCAAAGAGCUGGGCAAAGACGUGUCACGCGUGGGCUUCGUGCCUACCGGCUACCAGUCGAAGCAGCUAAUCAUCAAGGCCGGACUGGUCCCCAUCGAGUUCGACGCCUUGCCCGACAACGCCAUGAUCGACGUCGCAUUCGACGGCGCCGACGAGGUCGAUGAGGAUUUAAAUUGCAUCAAGGGCGGUGGGGCGUGUCUGUAUCAGGAGAAGUUGGUCGCCAUGCGCGCCAAGCAGUUUAUUUGUGUCGCAGAUCACCGCAAGCUCCAACACCGACUGCUCACCAAGUGGCCUACCAUUCCCAUCGAAGUCGAGCCCAAAGCUGCACGACAAGUCAUGAAGAGACUCCGCAUGCUGGGGAGUCGAAGUCCAAUGGGCGAAGGCCCCCACAUCAGAGAAGGCCACAUGGCCAAGGCAGGGCCCAUCAAGACCGACCAGGACUUCUUCAUCAUCGACGCCCCGUUCCCCCAUCCCUUACUGAUCGCCGAAGACGUCGCCAAUGGUGAGCUCGGGGACGGCGAAGAAGGGAAAUGGGAGGUAGAGAAGCUUGCCAGAGCCAUCAAAGAUAUCAACGGCGUCCUGGGUGUCGGUCUGUUCUGUGGUCCCACGGGCCCCGAAGCCAAUGCGGCAGGCGUCGUAGGUGGUCAACGGCCCGUCGCUUGCUAUUUCGGCAUGUCUGACGGCUCAGUCACCUUGCGGAGAGCUCGGGAGAAGCGACAUUCCGUAGUCGCAAGAUAUCCGCCUCUGAGACCAGUGAUUAGCAUCGAAGCAGAUUGUGCUGCCGCAGACUCAUGA